UUUUUUCUCCUUUCACCAUCAUCGAGCACCCCUGUCCUUUUGAAUUUCCUCUUUCUUCCUUUCUCUCUCUUUAAAAUCAAACAACAAAUCGUUUAUUGUGUAAUAAAAGAAAGAUAGAUCCGAUCCGGUUCCAUAAAAGACAACCUCUGUGUUCCUCCUGUUCCUGCUUCUCUGUUGAUUGUCCAUUUUCACUAUCAUUUCGUUUUCAGUGCGUUCAUCACCUUCGUUUCUCUAAUCCCGAGACGAUAAAGCCACUCUUUCUAUUCCUCGCUCUGUCGCUCUGUUUUGGCUUGUGUAAGAGGGAAAUAAAUCUCUGGAGAUUUGUUGGUACUAUCUGGAUCGUUCAGGGAUUUGUCGUCAUUGAAUUAAAUCACAGGUUUUGUUUUUGUUUUUGUAUUUUUUAUUGUUCUUUUUUGAAAACACCAUUUGCAGUUCGGAGCUAUUUAUCAACUCUGAAACUCAAUUUCUUGGUGAGAGAGACAACAAAAGAAACAAGGGCUUGUUGCUGUAAACAAAGAUUGAAACUUUUGAAUAGGUUUUAGAUGUUCGAGGUAGAUGAAUAAUUUGUUUGUUUUGUGUGUUAAUGGGGUUUGCCAAUUUUGGAAAUAAAGAGCUGUUUUGAUUGGGUUUCGAUAAGGGAUUUGUGUUGUUAAUGGUAAAGUGGGCAAAGUUUUUAUUUGAUUCUCCAAUGCGGUCAUUGGAGGAUUAUUUAUGACUUCUGGCUGGCCACUGCUUUUAUCUUUGGAUAAUUCUCCUGUAUCGGAGCAGCCAUUGCCUCAUCAUUCUGGUAGUUUUAGUGCUUUGGGGGUGUCACGCCGGGAUUGUUCUUUCAAUACUUCUAUCCUCCAUCUUGCUCAAGGAGAGCCAUUUGAGGUAGAUUGUUCAGAGAAGGACGAAGGCAGGGCACACUUUUUUGGUGAUACUAGAUUCCGUAGUGUGAAUCCAGUUGGAGAAAGUUUUGAUUUGGUUGUGAAUACAAAGAGGCUCUAUUCUCUCAAGUCUGAGUUCUUUGAGGAAGUUCCAUUGGAAUGCCCCAAACAACGGAGCAAACACCUUGUAUGGUGGGGUGCAACUGCUAGUGAAAUGCUACAUAACAACAAUAACACAACCUUUUCAACUGGCUUUGAGAUUUCCAGGGACUGUGGUAACUUGGGCAAGCCUAAGGGGAGGAGCCGCAGGAGAAGUGUGCAAUUUGAUGAUGUGUUGCGCGAAGAAGAUGCUCGGUUCAUCUACAUUAAUGAUCCGAGGAGAACCAAUGACCAGUAUGAAUUCACAGGCAAUGAGAUCCGAACCAGCAAGUAUACCUUGAUCACCUUCUUGCCGAAGAAUAUUUUCAUUCAGUUCCAUCGGGUUGCAUAUUUGUAUUUCCUGGCUAUUGCUGCUCUCAAUCAACUUCCUCCUCUUGCAGUUUUUGGGAGAACAGUGUCCCUAUUCCCUCUCUUGUUUGUUCUUUGUGUCACGGCGAUCAAAGAUGGAUACGAGGAUUGGAGAAGGCACAGAUCAGAUCGCAAUGAGAAUAACCGAGAGGCUCUAGUUCUGCAAUGUGGUCAGUUUAGAUCGAAGAAAUGGAAAAAGAUACGAGCUGGUGAAGUUGUGAAGAUCUGCACUGAUGAGACAAUUCCUUGUGACAUGGUUUUGUUAGGGACAAGUGAUCCUAGUGGUGUUGCUUACAUACAAACAAUGAAUUUAGAUGGCGAGUCGAACUUGAAGACUAGGUAUGCGAGGCAGGAAACGUCCUUAGCAGUAUUGGAAGGUGGUGCAAUUUCAGGGCUUAUAAGAUGCGAGCAACCCAAUAGGAAUAUUUACGAGUUCACAGCCAACAUGGAGUUCAAUGGGCAAAAGUUUUCCCUUAGCCAAUCUAACAUUGUAUUGCGUGGAUGUCAGCUGAAGAACACUGGUUGGAUAAUAGGUGUUGUGGUGUAUGCUGGCCAGGAAACAAAAGCAAUGUUGAAUAGUGCAGCUUCUCCUUCCAAAAGAAGCAAACUGGAAAUUUACAUGAAUCGGGAGACACUAUGGUUGUCUAUUUUUCUGUUCAUAAUGUGUCUGGUUGUUGCAGUGGGAAUGGGUCUCUGGCUUGCACGAUAUGAGGACCAGCUUGAUUAUUUACCUUAUUACAGAAAGAGAUACUUCACGCCCGGGAAGGAUUAUGGGAAAAGAUACAAAUUUUAUGGGAUUCCUAUGGAGAUUUUUUUCUCAUUUUUGAGCUCUAUCAUAGUGUUUCAGAUAAUGAUUCCCAUUUCUCUUUAUAUUACAAUGGAGCUGGUUCGUAUAGGGCAGUCCUAUUUCAUGAUUGGAGACAGGCACAUGUUUGAUAGUAGUUCUGGCUCAAGGUUUCAGUGCAGAUCCUUGAACAUAAAUGAGGAUCUGGGUCAGAUACGCUAUGUUUUUUCAGACAAGACAGGGACACUUACUGAGAACAAAAUGGAAUUUCGAAGAGCAAGUGUAAAUGGGAAAAGUUAUGGAGGCUCCUCGCUAACUGCUGAGCAAUUGCUGGAAGAGAACAUUUCAGCUGCAACUACACAAAAGAGAUGGAAACUUAAAUCUACUAUUACUGUUGAUUCUGAGCUCUUGAAAUUGCUGCACAAAGACUUAGUUGGAGAUGAAAGAAUUGUUGCACAUGAAUUUUUCCUUGCACUAGCUGCAUGCAACACCGUGAUCCCAGUCCGUACUCAUGAUGGAUUUUCUAGUUGCACAGACAGUCAAAUUUUUGAGGAUGUAGAAACUAUUGACUAUCAGGGUGAAUCUCCUGAUGAGCAAGCUUUAGUUGCUGCUGCCUCUGCUUAUGGUUAUACUCUCUUCGAGCGAACAUCUGGACAUAUAGUAAUUGAUGUUAAUGGUGAGAAACUAAGGUUGGGUGUUUUGGGCAUGCAUGAAUUCGAUAGCGUGCGGAAACGAAUGUCUGUUGUAAUCAGAUAUCCUAAUGAUGCUGUAAAAGUGCUGGUCAAAGGUGCUGAUUCUUCAGUGUUGAGUAUUUUAGCAAAAGACUUAGGGAAGGAUGAUCAUGCAAGGCGUUCAGCAACAUACAGUCAUUUGACGGAAUAUUCAUCACAAGGUUUGCGCACACUUGUGAUUGCUGCCAGGGAUCUUACAGAGGAAGAACUUGAGCUGUGGCAAUGCAGGUUUGAUGAUGCAAGCACUUCUUUGACUGAUAGAGCAGCAAGGCUACGCCAAACAGCAGCUCUCAUAGAGUGCGACUUGAAUUUACUUGGUGCAACUGCAAUUGAAGACAAGCUACAAGAAGGUGUGCCGGAAGCCAUUGAGUCCCUACGGCAAGCAGGGAUCAAGGUCUGGGUUCUGACUGGUGAUAAGCAAGAGACGGCAAUGUCUAUUGGCCUCUCUUGCAAACUCCUGACACCAGAUAUGGAGCAAAUUAUUAUAAACGGCAAUUCAGAGAAUGACUGCAGAAAACUUUUGUCUGAUGCUAAGGCCAAGUGUGGUUUAAAUUUAUCAAACAAAGGAAGCCAAUAUUUGAAAUGCAAUGCUGAAAUGGACUACCUUCAGAGGCCAGAAAGGAAGGAGGAAGUGCCACUAGCUCUCAUAAUUGACGGGAACAGUUUGGUAUACAUUUUGGAAAAAGAACUCGAGUCAGAGCUUUUUGACAUCGCAACUUAUUGUAAGGUUGUGCUUUGCUGUCGUGUUGCACCAUUACAGAAGGCAGGGAUUGUUGAUCUAAUCAAGAGCCGAUCUGAUGAUAUGACAUUGGCUAUUGGUGAUGGAGCUAAUGAUGUUUCAAUGAUCCAAAUGGCGGAUGUUGGUGUUGGAAUAUGUGGUCAGGAAGGGCGUCAAGCAGUUAUGGCAUCAGAUUUUGCUAUGGGACAGUUUCGGUUCCUGAAAAGACUACUUUUGGUACAUGGACACUGGAAUUAUCAACGCAUUGGUUAUUUGAUUCUCUACAACUUCUACCGCAAUGCUGUUUUUGUAUUGAUGUUAUUCUGGUAUAUAUUGUUCACAGCUUUUUCAACAACGUCAGCAUUGACAGAUUGGAGCAGUGUUCUUUAUUCUGUUAUCUAUACUUCUGUGCCUACCAUUGUUGUUGGUAUUCUGGACAAGGACUUAAGCCAUCGGACACUGUUACAGUAUCCAAAACUUUAUGGUGUGGGGUAUAGACACGAGGCUUACAAUAUACACCUAUUCUGGGUCAUGAUGGCUGAUACACUAUGGCAGAGUCUUGUUCUCUUUGGCAUACCCAUCUUCAUUUAUAAGGAAAGCACAAUUGAUAUAUGGAGCAUAGGCAAUUUGUGGACAGUAGCAGUUGUUAUCCUUGUCAAUAUACACCUGGCAAUGGAUGUUCAACGUUGGGUUUCUAUUACUCAUCUUGCUGUUUGGGGAUCAGUGAUCGUUGCAUUUGCUUGUGUGGUAGUAUUGGAUUCUAUACCUAUCUUCCCUAAUUAUGGGACCAUUUACCAUCUGACAAAGUUGCCUACCUAUUGGCUCACCAUUUUUCUCAUAAUAGUUAGUGCAUUGCUCCCUCGUUUUCUAUUGAAGCUUGUACAUCAUCAUUUUUGGCCAUCAGACAUUCAGAUAGCAAGAGAAGCUGAGAUACUGGGAAGAGGACCUGAUUAUUGGGGAUCAAAACCUGUUGGAAGUUCCAGCUGAGAUGUAAAUUACUUCAUAGAAACGCACACUUGAAGAUAGCUUUCAUCAAGUUAUCCAUUGUCUGGCUUUCCUGUAGCUGGAAGCUGUAAAGUUCAAUGAUGAGUUGCACAAGUUCUUUUCACCAACAUUGGAAACCGGUCAUGCAUACGACAACAAAGCAGCAAAACUAUGUUAUGGAUAGAAAGGGAAGACAGGAUGGUUUGCUAUGAUCGGCUGGCACAAACAGUAACAUUUCCAUGAUUUGAUAGAGGGAAAAUAGUUGGAAAACGGCCUUUAGAGGAUGGAGCUCAGGCAACAAAGUUGAUUUUCAUAGCAAUGGUGUCAGCAGACGUGGAAUUGCUGGGAGUUGGUCAGAAUUUAGAAAUGAUAUCACAAUGAUGAGGGUCUAUGGCCGAAAGAAGAGAAGUGAGAUAUAGACCAAUACAAGAGCAGGGAGAGAAAGAAAUGAUGUAUAUAACAGUUCCAUGUAAAGGGCAGGCUUGGCAUUUUCUUCAGCACAUUUGACCUAAUGGAAUGAGAAAAGGUAAUUGUUACCAUGUUUUCCUUCAA